AAUCGUGUUACGGACAAGUUGACACCUCUUACUCAGCGCAUAUUUUGCUGUCGGUCUGGCUCUGCAUCCGACACUCAGGCAAUGGCAGAUAUCGUUAAAUACCAACUUGACUUUCAUAGAUUGGAAAUGGGGUGUGAGCCCACAGUCAUAGAGGCAGCUACGAUAUUUCGACAUUUUUGUUACAAUUACCGUGACAGCUUGCUUGCUGGCAUUUUUGUUGCUGGGUGGGAUGAAGUUGAGGGCGGGCAAGUGAGUGGUAUGUUGACUCGACAACCAGCAGUCACAGGGGGCUCUGGCAGCACUUAUAUUUAUGGAUACUUUGAUCGGUAUUUCAGGCCCUCCAUGAAGAAGGAUGAGGCCAUCGAAUUUGUGAAAAAUUGUGUCACUCUUGCUAUUCACCGAGAUCAAAGUAGUGGCGGAUGCAUAAGACUGGCUUCAAUAUCAAAAGACGGCGUCGAGAGACAGCUCAUCAAGGGUGACUCUCUGCCACCAGUCCAGUCACUUAAUUUUUGA